AUGUCAUCCACAUCGUCCUCUUCCUCCGCUGAGCUCGAUCGCGUCAAGUCGCUCAUCACGGCGCACCCCGACUUUCCGCUGCCCGGCAUUCUCUUCCGUGACAUUUUCCCCAUCUUCCAAGACCCCGUCGCGACCGAGGGCCUCUUGAACGUCAUGACCAACUAUCUCGCCAACAAGUUCUCUCAAGUCGACGUCGUGGUCGGCGCGGCAUUUGUGCCCGUUCGCAAGAGCGGCAAGCUGCCAGGUCUGACAGAGAGCAUUUCGUACAAGAAGGAAUAUGGCUCGGACACGUUCCAAAUCCCAUCCUACGGCAUCAAGCCUGGCCAGAAUGUCGUGAUUGUGGACGAUCUGCUCGCUACCGGCGGCACGCUCAAGGCUGCAUGCGAAUUGGUCACCCGCCUCGGUGGUCUCGUCCUCGAGUCGCUUGUUGUCAUCGAGUUGGACGAUCUGCAAGGCCGCAAGAACGUUCCCUCGCCCGUCCACGGUCUGAUCCACUACUGA